AUGGCGGCAACACAAUACGACUUGGUGGUCGUCGGCGCUGGCCCCACCGCUUUCGGCGCCCUCACUCGCUUCGAGGAGCUGCGCAGACAAGGAGUUGUCAAGGUGGGCCAAUGAUGACUUUUCGGUCAUUUCUUUAUUAUCUUUUUUUCAAAAAAAUUUGAAGCGUAUUCCGCGGAUUUUCUUCGAAUUUUGCACGCUUUCUUUGAGUAGAUCAUGUAUUAAUUGCUGCUAAAUUCUAGCUUGUGCUUUGAAGGCGCAGCCAACUGUAGUUUUUCCAGACUUUUGCUGCGGUGAUUUCGGCGACAUGCACUAUGCGAAAACAAAAGUUCACUUUGCACUGUGUAUUUUUUUGCUCUUUCUCCAGGCUUUUUCGGGCUGUCCCUCGCAUCCUGACUUUUUCUGCAAACAGCAAAGGUCAAAAUAAAUUCCAGCGACUUUGGCUAGUACAAUGAUUUUUGCAAAGGAUUUACCUAUAAAAUGAAACUUCAGAAAGAGGCCCGAAUUCUUCUGAUUGACCGAGAAGCCGAGCCUGGCGGGCUAGCAAGAACGUUGCAAGAUGAAAACGGAUUUUCUUGGGACCUCGGGGUCCAUGUGACUGGAGCCUCUCGAUUCUCGGCCUUCCUUCAGAUGUUGGACACGGUCAUUGAAGACUGGAAUAUUUUGCCAAGACAGGUCUUGGUAAGUCGAUCGCUUAUCGCAUAGAUUCUUUUUAUUUUUUAUUUGGCCAUUUACAUUUUUUUUAUUUUUUAUUUGGUCAUUGUAUACUAGUCCGUUCGCAAAGUCGCUGGAGUGAUUUUUGGCUUUUUCACAGUGUAUAAAAAUCAGUAUUAGAGACAGCCCAGAAAAGCCUAUUGCACAGUGCAAAAAACAAAAAAUUGCACGGUGCAAAGAAAGGCUUACUUUUCGCACAGUGCAUGUUGCAAAAAUCUCUCCAGCAACUCUGCAAACGGACUGGUAUUGCUGGGAAAUACUUCAGGCGGACAUCAGUCAUUUGGUCAACGCUCCCAGAGGCUCGAAGGACAAUUAUGCGCCGUAUCCGGUGCAAAACUACAUUAAUUACUUUCCGGAGGCGCUGAAAAACAGAUGCUUGGCAGAACUGGAAAAGGCCAAUCAGCAGAACAAUAAUAAUGGUGAGUUCUCACGCCCUAAUUGUAAGGAUUGUGCUAAAAACGCGAUGCAAAUUUGAAAUUUAUAAGGGAAAAAUUGCUCAAGUUCCAAAUGGGACGCUUUUGCCAACGAUUUCUAUGCAUAAAAACAUAGAGCGCCGCAAUUGAUGCAACUUCAGCCUGUCGGAAAAAUAAUGUGGACGUGUCGCAGCAAAAUCUCUCUCCUCGUCGCAGUCGAGCAACAAAUCGCCAGCUAGAUGUCGCAUGGCGAAGCUGGACGAUUCCAAGGAGCAAAGAGUCCACAUUAUUUUCCCGACAGCUCAUUAUCAGUUUGGGAGGAAAAUAAUGAGAAAUCUGUCGCAUUGCCGCCGAGAAAAUGAAUUGUGUAAAAUCGAAUUUGAUUUGGGUGACAUUUUAUACGAUGAUUUUCCUGACAGACUGAUAAUAGUGUAGCAGCGCGCAUUCAACGCUUUUCUAGCCAAAAAAAGUUUAACAUACCACCAUGUUCUAUAAAAUUUUUGAUGACUAUAGGCGCGGAAGAGACAGCCUUUGACAACUUUGGGACAUUCAGUCAAAACCACUUCGGCUCCACCCUCCAGGACGUCUUCAUUCGGCCGUACAACGAGAAGUAG